CUUGGAUGUCUGCAGUGACGGAAGUAGAAUCUUUCUGUUGUUGGAGACUGUAGGCACAAUGGAGAGAAUUCAUUCCCUUCCAGUUUUUAGAGCCAAUCUGCAUUAGAUGCAAACAACUGCAUGGUUUUAAUUAUAAGACUUUAGUAAUGGUAUAACAUGCUUUGUUAGCAUGUUAAUAUAGUUAGGCCUCUAGGUAAGUUGGGCUUUUAUAUGUAAGAUUACAUCUCUGUCUAUUCCAAGCAAUGUACAUUUUUAGUACCUGUGCAGAAUAUCCUCUGGUGAUGCAGGGUUUCAGCUAGAGAGGGAACUGAAAAUGUAUUUUCACUAAGAUAUUUUAUUGCCUUUCUUGCAGGAUGUACAUUUUAAAGAUCCUGUGAAGAUGAAAAGGGAUAUCUUAUGGUUUUACGGAAUAUAAAGCAAUACUGUCUGACAUGACGGCAAAAAAUGUUGGUGUGACUUCCACAAAUGGAGACUUGAAAGGAUUUAUAGAUCAGAACCAGAGUCCAACAAAAGGUAACAUUUCAAUAAUCACAUUGCCAGUUUCCAGCACCAACUCUCCAACAAAGAUUUUGCCAAAAACCUUAGGACCGAUCAAUGUGAAUGUCGGACCCCAAAUGAUCAUAAGCACAUCGCAAAGACUGACGAAUUCGGGGAGUGUUCUCAUUGGGAGUCCAUAUAACCCAGCUCCAGCAAUGGUUACGCAGGCACACAUAACAGAAGCUUCUGGCUGGGUCCCAGGGGACAGAAAGCGGACCCAAGAAUUUAUAGAGUCUGAUUUUUCAGAAAGUAAGAGAAGCAAAAAAGGAGAUAAAAAUGGGAAGGGUCUGAGGCAUUUUUCAAUGAAAGUGUGUGAAAAAGUUCAACGUAAAGGAACAACUUCAUACAAUGAAGUUGCUGAUGAGCUGGUAUUGGAAUUCACAAACUCUAACAGCCACCUAGCCACAGACUCGCAGGCUUAUGAUCAGAAAAAUAUUAGGCGGAGAGUUUAUGAUGCCCUCAAUGUCCUGAUGGCAAUGAACAUAAUUUCAAAAGAGAAGAAGGAAAUCAGAUGGAUUGGCCUUCCCACAAACUCAGCUCAGGAAUGUCAGAAUCUAGAGAUAGAAAAACAGAAGCGGAUUGAAAGGAUAAAACAGAAGCGAGCCCAACUACAAGAACUGCUGCUGCAGCAAAUAGCAUUCAAAAACUUGGUACAAAGAAAUCAGCAAAAUGAGCAACGAAAUCAAGGCCCUCCAGCUUUGAACUCCACAAUACAGCUGCCUUUCUUAAUAGUCAACACUAGCAAAAGAACAGUUAUAGACUGCAGCAUAUCAAGUGAUAAAUUUGAAUACCUCUUUAAUUUCGAUAACACUUUUGAGAUUCAUGAUGACAGUGAGGUGCUGAAGAGAAUGGGAAUGUCCUUUGGGCUCGAGUCAGGCAAAUGCUCAGCUGAGGACCUAAGAACUGCAAAAUCACUGGUGCCCAAAGCUUUAGAAGGCUACAUCACAGAUAUGUCAUCAGGAUUUUCGUGGAUAAACCAAGGGUUACUUUCAAGUUCAGCACAAGCAGGUUCACAUUUAGAGGUAGCAGGAGGCACUUCUGAUGCUAAAUCAAGUGAGAAUCCAGGGUUAUGUUUGGAUGCUGAAGUGGCCUUAGCAACUGGGCAGCUUCUUGCUCCGAGCAGCCAACAGUCCAGCAGCGCAACAUCACGCUACUCAGAAUCACGGGGAGAAACUCCAUGCUCAUUCAAUGAUGAGGAUGAAGAGGAUGAAGAUGAUGAUUCUUCCUCCCCAGAAUAAGGACAGUAGAAAAUGGAAUAUACAAAAUGCUGCUCAAAUAUUUCUAAUGGGAGCUCCUGUUUGGAUUUCACUGAUAUUUCAGCCACAGCUGAAAUUGAAAACUUUUUGUACCUGAACACAGAGUGACAUGCAGACACAGAGUGAUGUGGGGUUUAUCAACUAUAACCAAGGAAAAGAACAAAGUCCCCUGGAGAUAUGGCAAAGUAGACAUCAAAUUCACAUUUUCCAUUUUGGGACAUAUUCAAAUCUCUGUCUUUCUCUUAUCAGAUGGAAAGGAAAACAGUGUCAGUCAACAAAUGUUGGUUCUCACAUUGUCUUUUGGCUGUGCUACCUUCAGGAAAAGGGGGAGCGAGAGCACACACAGGUGCUGAAAUAGCUAUUUAAAACUAUCCUAUAUGAAAAUUGUUCUAGGGAAAGGGGGCUGUUAGAAUGUUUGCUUUUUUCUGUUCAACUUGCUGUAUAGAAGAUUCCUAAAGUAAUAUAAACUGCGAUAAAAUGAAUCUUGAAAUAGUUUAAAUCCAUUUUAGAUACUCUAAAGUUAACAUCAGUAUGUCUCUUUUGAAAGGUUCAUAUGUUCAUUUAUACUGCAGACCUAAUUUAUUAUAAGUGAUUAUUCUUAGCCAUUAUUUAACAGUCAGGAUAAAAACA